AUGCCUGGGCCCCCGGGGGUGGGCGAGGCCGGAAGGACCCUCCCCGGAGCCGCCAAGGGGGCACAGCCCCGCCUGGAUCUCAGCCUCCAGCCUCCGGAACUGGGAGGGAAGAGAUCUCUGCUGCCGGCGCCCCCGUCCGUGGCCGCCGACCGUCGCGGCGACGCGCGGGAGCCGGGCGCAGGAAGUGUGGCCGUGGGUCCCGUGGCGAAGAAGCACCAGACGUGGCAAAACUUACCAGGACGGAAGUCAGCCUGCACUCGAAGCCUGCGCGUGCUGCGCCUUCUGCCCCCCCCCCGACCUCUGUCCCCUGCUGUGGGCUCGGCCGUCCCUCGGCCUCCCUCCAGCUCGCUGAGUCCCCUCCGGCCUGCGGAGUCCGGGCAGGAGCCCAGGGCGGCGGCGCCCGGGUCCGUCCCAGCGCGGACUCCGGGUUUUCCUGCCGUUUGGAACGGCUCGUGGCUGCGGAAGCCCGACGCGCUGGCUGGACAGCAGCCCCAGAGCUUCUGGCGCCGUUGGGUCCGGGCGGCCGGGGAUGGGAUAAAAACCGCUGAGAAGCAGCAGCUCUCCGGUCGGGGCGAGGGAUGCUCAGAGUGUGUGUGUGCAGCUGUGCACGCGCACGUGCAAGCAGUGUGCGCGAAUUUCUGGAGCGCACGGGAGCGUGCAGGCAUCCGGCGGGUGUGCGGCGAAGGCGUGGGAGCCGCGGCUCUGGGCUCGGUGAGAACCCCGGGCUUGUUCAUCGGAGUCUGGGCCGUGAGGCCCGUGCGGCUGGUGGCGGAGGAAGCGGCCGCCGCGGGGGCGCAGCCCGGGGCCCCGUCCCACACCCGGGCCUCCAGGCCGGACUGGCGGGUCCAGCCUGCGCCGGGGAGACCGGCCUCAGGGAGGGAGGGAAGUGCCCGGAAGGAGGCUCCCCCAACCCGCCACACCCCCCAUGGCCCUGGCGGGCCCCUGCACGUCCGCACCCAGGGAAAACCCAGGGCAGGAGCCCAGGAGAGGGACGAGGCCCCUCUGUGUUCUCCCCCUGCCCAGACACCAGCCCCCCUUCCGAAGGGCUUGGCCCUGUCGCUGCUGAAAUUCUGCCCCUGGGCCCGCAGUGGGGUCUCAGGGCAAAGGGCCCGGCUGGCCCUGCGGGUCCCCACCUCCCAGCUGCUGGCCCCGAUGGCCCCCGAGGCCUGCGGCACCUUCUGGGGAACACGAGCUUCUCCAGGCGUCGCCAGCCCGUCCGUGGGGCCCCCACGACUGCAGCGGCUCCUGAGGACUUGGUCAUGGGGGGGCUUCGGGAGCAAGCUCCUAGCUGCGGGGCUCCGGGCCCGCGCACACCCACAGCCUCCUGGGACCAGCGCCCACGGCGAGCUCAUGCGCUCCCAGAGACGAGCGGCGCCAGGGGUGUUCCCGCGUAGCGAGGCGCAGCCGUGUGACCCUUCGGCCAACGGGCUGGAAGAGGAGACCUGCCCAGAGGUUCUGGGAAAGCUCAUCCUCCCUGGCUCCUUUUCUCCCUUCCUUGAAAGCGAUGGCCAGAAGUGGUCGCCCUGGGCCCUGGGCCCCUCCUGUGUUGCUGGGGGCUGGCAGCAGCACAACUGCAGCCCCCUGGGGCCCCCAAACGAAUCAGAAGAAGUGGGUGGGAGGAGAGCCAGCGCCAGGGGUGUGAUUCAGCAGGUCCCAAGGGCCCGAGAACUUCUGACACAUUCCGGGGGGGUGCGGACACUGGGGGCCUGGGCCCUGCACUCCGCCCUGGGGCGUGUGCACCCCACGCCUCCCGAGGCGUCUGGGGUUGGGAUGAACAAGCACAGGCAGGGGCCCGUCAUCCGGGGCCACGGGGGCCACGGAGCAGAGGCACGGAGUUUCAGCAAGAAAAGUCUGGGAUUAAGGCAGAGCGUCAGCAACAGCGGAGGCAGAGGGGCCGCUGCUCUGGCCCAGGUGAGCCGGAGCCUCGUGGACAACACAGCCAACCUCCAAACCGCAGGCCACGCGAGGAGCAGGAAGCAGGCGACCCGCUCGGCCCCAGGUCACCGCGGCCGACACCCACGGGCACCACCAGCAGCCCUGACGGAGCAGGAUCCGGCCGUGAGUCGUUUCGCUGAAUCCUCACCACCCCCUGCGCGGCGGACACAGCCACGGAGACUGCGGCCCGAGCGCAGCCAGCCGGGACGGCUCGUGCGGGUGACCCUCGAGGCCUCUGACUCCGGAAGCCCCCCCGCGGCAGCUUCCCCAAGGCUGGAAGGCCCUGGCCCUCUGAGGGGCCUGGCCGUGUGCAGCCUAGAAAGCAGCUUCAAGGGCAAGGUCAGGAACGCUGGCACAUGCGUGCUGACCUCGGGGCGGGCCAUGCACAGGGCAACCCCCCCGCCAUCAUCACCCAACACCCAGGAGGGGACCGGCCAGGCUGGCGGGCAGCGGCUGGCGGGAGGCUCGGAGCUGUCUGGGGUCGGAGGCCUGUGGCUGCAAGAGAGCCAGGCCGGCCGUGGCCCCUCGUCUUUCCCUCGAGGCCCCGCGAGCACCAGGACCAGCACCGCCUCCCGGAGCCGCCUCCAGCCCCGCGUCCCGGCGUCCCCUGUGCUGGAGAGCAGCUGCCCCGCGCCCCAGGGUCCCAGGAAGGGCGGCCCAGGGUCCCGGGAGCUGGUGAGGAAGGCGGCGUGCAGUGCUCUGGGGAGGACCCGAGACCUGGGCUUGGAUGAGGCCACAGGGAAGAGGGCCUGGACCAGGGCCCCGGGGUCGAGUGAUGGUCGAGGACUCAACCCCAGGGGCGGGCCCCGAGGUCGGGCAGACGGCGUGGCCCCUCUGGUGGCCCCACCCUUGCAGGCCCCGGGCAGGUGCCGAGCAGCCUCGCUGGGAGCCCGGCACCCUCAGCGGCCCUCUGUGGCUGAGGACCGGCUGAUCAUGGGAGGCGCAGCCAGGAAGCGCGGCCCCGGGGAGAGGCCGGAGCUGGUGUCCGCUAAGCCAGGACCCGCCAUCCGCGUUCCUUCCCAGCGCCGUCCGCUCUGGACGAGGCCUCAGCCGAGGGAGGGGCGGCUCCAGGGACAAGAGGGGCCUCACUCGCGGCCACGGGGCCGCAGGGCCGUGGACUGGACUCCGUGUCUCACACUGACUCACACUGACUGCUCUGCACCCGAGGCUGGAGAGCACUGGGCACUAGUGAUUACGACGCCACGGCCACGGCCACGGCCUGAGGGCCCCGAGACAGCCGCCGCGGGUGCAGGUGGCCGCCAGGCGUCUGCACCGGAGGGCGGCGUAGGGGCUGAGAGCGCUGCUUUGGCUGAGGCCUUGGAGGGCCUCCGGGGCCCCUCUGAGUGCCCCUCAGCUGAGUCCACCUCCAGUCCCCAGCCUGGCAAGGUCAAGUCCUCCAGAUUUGGGGGCCAUCUCAGAACCCGGAGCGGAGUCCCAGGCGGGCGCAGAUGA